AUGACGAUGAGUGUCGAUAUCUCAUUCCGGCCGCUGCCCGCCCUCGUUGAUGAGAUCGCUGAGCAAGACCCAAACCGCGAUCACGUUGGUGUGCCGGACGGAAGAGAAAACCUGGCGUAUGUCGGGGCGAACGACCUUCGUUAUACGACGUUUGUCUUAGCCUGCGCCAAAACAAAUCACAGGGCCUUGCUCCUCUCGCCAAGAACGUCCAAGGUGGAACUGCAGCAUCUUAUGAACUUGGCUGGAUGUGACAAGUUCAUCUAUAGUAAGGAAAGAGAAGCUGCUCGCGCCACGGCUGCCCAGGCUAGCGAUGGCUGGAGCUUCUGGCCGAUCCCGGCCUUCGAUGAGAUGCUUUCGGAGCAACCCGUCAAGAAGUGGGUGGGCGUCUCGCCUCACAUUUACACAUUGGCGGACUGCUGUUUCUUCGUGCAUACUUCUGGGACAACUGGCCUUCCCAAGCUGGUCCCCAUCACCUACGGCUACUUGGACGCUAUCGAUCGGACCCCGGGCUAUCCCACUCUGCCAGGUCGACGUAUCAGGUACCCAUCCCAGCUCCUACAGGGACGACCAUAUCUCGCCAUGUUCCCAUUCUUCCACGUGGCCGGAGUCAUGCCAAUCCUGCAGUCGAUCUUCCACGCCAAUCCAUUCAUUCUAUGUCAAGACCAGCCGAUGUCCGUGGAACGCAUGAGGAGCUGUCUCACGCGGGAUGGAAGCGCAGCCGCACAGCGCAUUCGCCACGGACUCGAACAAAAGAGUCUCCCGUUUCCAUCCAACAUCCCAGUCGACUACCUCCAAGCAAAUCUAGACCUCCCAGACCUUGGACUAUCAGCGGACAUCUAUCGAAACCUCCUCGAGAGCGUGAAUCUCGUUAUUCACAAUGCCUGGGAAGUGAACUUCAUCCAGCGCCUCGAAGCGUUCGAACACCCGCACAUCCAGGGCACCAGACACUUGGUCGACUUCUGCCUAGCGAGCAGGAGCCACGCGCAACUACACUUCAUAUCUUCCAUCUCGUCCGCCGGAUCGUGGAGUGCAAAACACGACAGCCCUAUCCCCGAGGAAAUCAUCCAUGACCCUGAAGUUCCCCUGAUUCAGGGAUACGGACAAUCGAAGUUCGUGGCGGAGCAUAUUUGCGCGCAGGUCGCUCUAUCGUCUGGUCUGCCUGUAACUGUCUACCGUGUGGGGCAGAUAUGCGGGCCGACCGCAGGAACGGGGGUGUGGAAUAAGAAGGAGUGGGUGCCCUCGUUGAUUGAGACGUCGAUUGCGUUGGGGUGUAUUUCUGACUCGCUUGGGAGCGCGGCUGUUGAUUGGAUUCCGGUGGACACUGCAGCGCGGAUUAUCACGGAGCUCAUUGACUCUCGAUCUAAGACCGGGGAAAGCGCCCUGGCUGUCUUUAAUCUGGUUAAUCCUCGGGUUAGUGAGUGGGAGGAUGUGAUCGCUCCGAUUCAGAGUCGGUACGGGCUGGAGAAGGUUACGUUUGAAGACUGGAUCGCACGGCUGCAAGGUAUCAAAGGGACUGCAGAAGAAGAUCUGGAGAAAUUGCCUGCGUUGAAGAUCUUGGAGUUCUAUCAGGGUUUAUCGAGAUCAGAUUCUGUUGAGUGUAGCCGUCCUGCUCGACCGUUUGUGACUGAGGCUGGAGAGCAGCAGAGUGCAUCUUUCCGUGAUUUGGAAGCGGUCACGUCGGGUUUGAUGGGCUGUUGGUUGGAUCGGUGGGGUUAUGAAGAUAAAUGUUGCUGAGUUUGAGG